CAUAGUACAGUCAAACCUGUGUUAACGGGCACCUCUAUAUAGCGGGCACCUGUCUAUAACGGGCACUUUCAAUUCCCCCCGUCAAGUUUUACUCUUUAUUGAACCUCUAUAUAGCGGGACCUGCUCAACGCGGGCAGCGGGCACCUUAUUCUCAGCAAAAAUAUAAACAAACUUGUUUAUAACGGGCACAAAAGUCGAGGCUAAUUUCCCCUUGGAAAAUCAGUAGACCAUAAUAUCUUGAUCAAUGGUACUGUAAAAACAUCGCCAUUCACCGAGACACAGGUAAGCUCUGGAAGUCAAUCGAGCGUGUCUGUAUGUUUGUUGAAUAGGUACAUAUAAAUACAUGUACUAACUGUGAUUGUGGCAUAUAAGUCUGUAUAUAUUGUCCCGAGGCAGUGUGUUUGCGGGUGAAAACCCACAAAAGGUAUUUUCAGUGGUCUUUUUAUUGAUUACAUCUCCGACUGCAGAGCACACUUCCUAACGCAAUGGCGACUGUGACGCGGCCUUCACCUUCAUCUUGAAGCGAGUAAUUAUUUGAUAAAUGAUUUGUCUGAAUAAACGUAUGCAUGUUGUGUGUUUUUAAGUUUUAUUCAGUAAUUAAAAGUUACAGUGGGAAUCUGAUAGUAUUUGAUACAUAAAUAUAGUUUGAGACAAAUAAAACAAAUCCCACGGGAUCCGGAUAUCGUUCAAUUAUCGAGAACGAGGUUGUUUACUGAAACUAGGAAGUGAUCAGUGAUCUGCAGUUCACCAAUUGAUGCAAGAUGUCGACGAAACGGCGGGUCGCUUUAACCCACGAGCAACGAUUGCAAGUCAUCAGAGAAUCGGAGAAAUUUCAUACUAGUUCUCGCAAAAUUGCCGAGAAGUAUGGUGUUGGCAAAACUCAAAUCGAUAGGAUUUUAAAACGGAAAUCGGAAAACCUCGCUGAUCUGGAGGACAAUGUUGCCCCCGAGAGGAAACGACAAAGGCGGCCUACGGGCAAUGAGGAAAUAAAUAACCUUGUGUGGGAAUUUUUUAAAGACGCUUCCUCGCGCCGUGUUAAUCUUAGUGGGCCACUGUUGAAACAAAAGGCACUGGAUUUUGCAUCAGACUUUGGUAACACUACAUUCAAGGCUUCAAAUGGAUGGUUGGAUUCGUUUAAAUCACGGCAUAAUAUUGUGUUUGGAACAAUGAGCGGGGAAAGAGGGGAUGUAGAUAACAGUGUUGUGGACAAUUGGAGAGCAAAGUUACCUAUAAUAUGUGAUGGAUAUUCCGACAAUGAUAUUUUCAACAUGGACGAAACAGGUCUGUUUUAUAGAGACAGCACGAAGAACACAUUAAAAGUAAAAGGAGAAGAGUGUGCUGGGGGGAAGCGCAGUAAGGAGAGGAUAACAGUGGCUCUGUGUUCAAGUUUGAAAGGAGAAAAACUACCAGCUCUUGUUAUCGGAAAAGCCAAGCAGCCGAGAUGUUUCAAUAAAAUCAAACCGGAGACACUACCCGUCAUAUAUCGCAACAACCGGAAGGCUUGGAUGAACUCCUCACUCUUCGACGGAUGGCUCAAUCAAGUCAACAGAAAAAUGAAACGCCAAAACCGGAACAUUCUUCUAUUUCUGGACAAUGCCCCCUCACAUCCGAAGAUCCAGCCCAGCAACGUGAAGCUUGUUUUUUUCCCGGCAAACACCACGUCCAAGUGCCAACCGAUGGACCAAGGGAUUAUACAAACGUUGAAGCUCAAGUACAGGAAGCGACAGUUAAAACAUGUUAUUCGUGCCAUGGACAAGGACAAAACAAAAUGUGGUACACAGCUUUUGAAGGACAUAACUUUACUUCAGGCCAUUUAUUGGAUUGACAGUGCGUGGAAGGAAGUCGAUGUGACAACCAUCACAAAGUGUUUUAUAAAAUGUGGGUUUUCAGAAUCUCAACAACGCAUACAUGACGAUGAUGAUAAUGAUGACGACAAUGAUGAUGAUGUUCCUCUGUCAGUGCUUGCUUUGUCUAGGGACUUGUUCGACUGUGACUUUAAAGAUUUGGUUGCGAUUGACCAAUCGAUGGCCACCUGUGACCUAGCUCUCACCGACUGGAACAAGGAUGCCAAAGACAUACUGCAGGAUAUAACUGUAGAUGAUCCAGCACUCAGUGAUGAUGAUGGUGAUGAUGAGCAAGGAGAUGAUGAAGAUAAACCCUGCUCAAUUUGUGAGGGCGAGUUCUAUAUCAAGCGAUUGCGAGCACUAGCCAUUUCUCAGGGAAAAUCCAAAAUGUUAAAUCAUGUCAUGGGAGUUGAUGAGUGUCUACUUGAAAUGAGAAUGGAUAAUGUAGAAGGACUAGUACAGCAGUCUAAGAUAUCCGACUUCUUUCUUCAGAAGUAAUCAUCUUUCCUUGAUUGUAUAAACUGUCCUCCUGUACAUCCUCCUGUACACACUAGAUGAUAUAUUUUUUAGUACAUGUAUUUUGUUUUAAUGUUACAUUUUCAUGAAAUGUUACAACAAGUAAUUUUUAUGUUUUAUAAUAUGAUGCAGUAUGUAGUGUAUUUAUUGAUUAGAAUUGGUGCAAUAUUGAUACAUUGAUUGGGUAAACAAAUAGUGCUGUGAAAUUAACUGUGAUCAAUGAGUAGUGUUUUAUGUAACAUUUUACAUUAGCAUUAUCUUAAGUUUGGUAAAUGUUUUACAGAAUUGUUACUGUUUUUUAAUCAAAUGUAAUUUUUAUGUUGAGCAAUAGUAUAAAAUGGUGCUGUAUAUAUGUAUUUAUUUAAUACUGUAAUAAAAUGUGAACCUUA